AUGUCUAAGCUUUUCAUCGGCGGCCUUGCAUGGCACACCACUGAUGACGCCCUUCGUCAGGGUUUCGAGCGCUUCGGCCAGGUUGAAGAAGCUAUUGUUGUCAAGGAUCGUGACACCAACCGCAGCCGUGGUUUCGGUUUUGUCCGUUUCAGCAACGAUUCCGAGGCUGAUACUGCCAUGGAGAAUAUGAACAACCAGGAGUUCGAUGGACGCACCAUUCGUGUUGACAAGGCCUCCGAGCGCGCUCCCCGUAACAACGGUGGUUUCCACGGCCGUGGUGGCUACAACCAGUCCGAGGGUGCUCCCGGUGGUGGCCAACGUUAUGGAGGAGGCCAGGGUUACGGCGGUGGCAGCUGGCGUCCCUCGAGUAACGGACAAUCCGCUGCUUAA